GCAAUACAAAUAUCAUAGAUAUAAAACGCCCGCCAUGUUUCGUAUUUCCGUUUACCUUAUCGCAUUAUUUGUUAUCUGUAUUUUUAUACGAACCGGCGCAAACGCAACAAUGAAAGAUCUCAAAGUUUUAGUUUCUUCAAACGAUUUUCCCGACGAUGGAUUACAAAUUCUACGAAAACAUUUCACAGUUCUUCAAAGCAGAUAUUCUCAUUUCGGUGAAGAAGGAGCAAAUAAAAAUAAAGAAGAACUUCUCAACCUAGUCCCAGGAUGCUCCGCGUUGGUGUGGGUCUCCCAUCAUCCCAUUACUAAAGAACUCUUAGAUAAAGCGGGGCCCGAAUUAAAAAUGGUGGCUACAGCUUCCGCGGGGUACAACCAUUGCAAUGUCGAGGAGUUAAAAGCGAGAAACAUUAAGCUAUCGAACACUCCAAACGUCUUGAGUUCAGCUGUUGCAGAGGUUGCAGUCACUCUAAUGUUGGCUGCCGCAAGGAGAAUGACCGAAAAUCUUGAACAAGUGCGCAGAGGCGAGUGGGAAAUAGGCUUUGGCAAGGUACUGGGUCAAGAGAUACGAGGCAGUACGGUUGGUAUUAUCGGCCUAGGUGGAAUCGGGCAAGCAGUAGUCAAACGACUUGCUGGAUUUGAAGUUGCUAAAUUUGUCUACACUGGUCAUAAGGAAAAACCUGAAGGAAAGGCAUUAGGUGCUAAUUUCGUAAGUCUCGACGAACUUCUGGCUCAGAGCGACUUCAUAGUACUAGCUGUACCACUGACUAGUGAAACGAAGCACAUGAUCAACAGCAACACACUGGGGAAGAUGAAGAGUAAUGCCAUUCUAGUGAACGUUGGCAGAGGCGACCUGGUAGACCAAGAAGCACUCUAUAACGCACUUAAGGACAAGAAAAUAUAUGCAGCAGGACUCGACGUUACCACCCCAGAGCCACUUCCCAAAAACGACAAACUAUUGAGUUUGCCCAAUAUUUUCAUCCUACCGCACAUCGGCAGCGCCACAGUCACGACACGCAACGAGAUGGCGACUCUAGCGGCGAACAACGUUGUCAACGCACUCUCCGGCAAACCCCUCAUUACACCUAUAUUGGAUUAGCCGAUAUAAUCCAAUUGAUAAACUUGC